AUGAGAUAUUGAAACAGGCAGAAAGUCUCCGUCUAGAAUUUAAAGAUCAAGUAAGGCUGGCUGCAAAGGAAUUUCUAUCCCGAAGUGAUCUUGUGAAGUGCAAACCUCUGUGUGAGCAAAUUUGCACCAACGCAACGAAGCUUGAGUUCCUAAAGAGGGUGCUCUACGAGCUGCUCAUUGAACAUCAUUCAGCCAAAGUCAUCACAACGUGAGAGAGAGUAGGCAUGGUGGUUUGAUGACAGGCUCUAAGGUGGUACAGUGAAGGGGUGGAGCGUGAUGAGCCUUCUGGCACACUAACUGAAAGAACCAGAGUAGCAGGUCUGAUCAGGGAACGCCGGCCACCCAUGGUAUAAAUCCUGGAGAGAGACACCUUGGACUGGGGGUGACAGAGGAGAGGAGACUGAACCUACCCUCUACCCUUCCCUUGCCUGCUGCUGCAGUGUGGCUGAGCAGUGCUACUUUCAUACCUCACUCUGAUAUUCCACAGCCAGGCAGGAACCAUGCCGGCCCUGUCCACCGGAUCUGGAAAUGACUCGGGUCUGUAUGAGCUGCUGUGUGCCCUGCCCUCCCAGCUGCAGCCUCAUGUCCACAGCCAGGACGACAGCACCUUUCUACACAACAUGUUCGGAGAGAGGAGCCUCCACUCGCUGGUCAAGAUCCAUGAGAGACUGCAGCACUAUGAGGAGCGUAGUCCCUCCCCCAUCCUGGACAGUGCUGGCUUCCUGGCCGCUGACCUGUCUGAGGAACUGCAGGGUAAAAGUGCCAGUGAAGAGAUCAGCGAGCUGCUCAAUCUACUGGCUAAACCCCACGUCAAGAGUCUUCUGUCUGUCCAUGACACGGUGGCCCAGAAGAGUUACGACCCCGAGCUGCCUCCGCUGCCCGAUGACAUCGAUGAUGACGAGGUCUCAGUGAAGAUCAUACGGCUGGUCAAGAACAAGGAGCCUCUCGGAGCCACAAUAAAGCGUGAUGAGCACACAGGAGCCAUCCUUAUCGCCAGGAUCAUGAGAGGUGGAGCAGCAGACAGAAGUGGUGGGCCUAUGCGCUCCCAGGCCCACCCAUGA